UUUUUUUUUUUUGCGUAACAUGCGCCUCCGAAGGGCCGCCCGCGUCAUUCUAGUCGGUGCGCCCGGGGUCGGCAAGGGCACGCAGUCGGAGCGGCUGCUCCAGCGCUUCCCCGAGCUGUCCUCCAUCAGCUCGGGCGACCUGCUGCGCAACAAUGUCAAGAGCAGGACGCCGCUCGGCAUCAAGGUCGAGAGCACCAUGAAGGCCGGCGGCCUCGUGUCGGACGACCUGAUCCUGCGCCUCAUCAGCAACGAGUUCAACAAGCGCGGCUGGCUCUUCGCCGACGGCGGCCGCCAGGCCAGCAUCCUGACCCUCGCCUCCGCCUCCGCCUCUGCCGCAGCCGCCGCCGCCCCCACCCCGGCCGUCGACGACGUCUUCAUGUCCGCGCCCGCCGGCCUCUCCUCGAACCCGCCGCCGCGCCUGUCGGACGACCCGGCCGCGUCCUUCAUCCUCGACGGCUUCCCGCGCACGGCCGCGCAGGCCGCCCGCCUCGACCACGUCGUGCCCGUGAACCUGGUCGUGUCGCUCCGCACCCCGCUCGACGUCAUCGUGCGCCGCAUCGCCGGCCGCAUGGUCCACGAGCCCUCGGGCAGGGUCUACAACGACGACUUCAACGCGCCUAGGGUCCCGGGCAGGGACGACGUGACGGGGGAGGAGCUCGUCAGGAGGCCCGACGACUGCCCGGACGUCUACAGGUCGCGCUUCCAAAAGUUCAGGGAGACGAGCGAGCCCCUGCUCGAGCACUACGCCCGCAAGGGCGUGCUGUGGGAGGUCGAGGGCCUGAGUAGCGAUGACAUCACCCCGAGGCUGUUCCGCGAGUUCGAGAAGAGGUUCCUGCAGUGAAGUCGGACCUGGACCUCUCUUUUUUUUUUCUCCAUUUCUUGCACUUUGCGAUUUGUCAUUUUUUUUUUUUAACGAUUUUACUCCAUUUCAUGUCUCUAUUUGCCAUCCUUUCGUAUUUCUAUUCUCUAUUCAUAUUCAUCGCGUCUCGGUUCCACGACAUAUAAUCCCGUUUUCUACUAGGGGCGGGUUUUGGUCUCCUUGCCCUCGGCGGGCUGGCUUGGCUGGAGGAGUUAUGUGUGUCUCUCACGGACUGGAAAGGCCCAAACGUCCUGGUUUUUUUUCUUAUGGAUGACUUCCAUGAUUGGUCCGUGGACUUGGAUCGAACCCCCUUCUUUCUUUUUCUUUUUUAGGGGCAAUCUUGUUUCUCAUUUCUGUAUAUACACCCCGGGUUUCCCCAUGUAUGAACUUACGCGCCUACUGUAUGCCCCUACUAGUUCUCCUGGGAGAUCACGAUGUUCAUGUGAGGCAGUCAUGAUGGCCUCGAGAAAUGCAUCUUCUAUUCAUGCUGAUACUCAUGUUUCCUAGCCACAUAAAGAAAAGAGGUAUUGGACGUCU